AUGGCCGGCCUCAAGAUUCUUUGUUUCGGCGACUCCCUCACAUCGGGUUACUUUUGCUUCGGCGUCGGAGAGCAGCCCUAUGCCGAGGCUCUUGGCCAGCGUCUCCGGGCCGCGCUCCCGGCCCAACUCCAGCCAGCCAUUUUGAACGUAGCCGGCGAACCAGGCGCUCUCGCCCGCCAGUUCUCUCUCCGGAUGCAAGUGCUCGCCCUCACGGUGCCCGAGUGCCAAUCUCAAUCCCGGACCGCCACGAAUACACGUAAUGAGCUCAACAGGCUGAUCCUGCAGCACAAGGAACCAAACUUCUAUGCUUUCGACCUCAACGCUCACAUCCCCUACCACUCACUGUCACCUGAAGAUGUGGAGAAGUAUUGGGACGAUGGCCUCCACCUCUCCGAGGAAGGCUACAAUUGGAUGGGCGGCCACAUUGCCGACGCCUUUAUCCCGCUCGCUCAAGCUCAUGCCGCUCCUACCGCCACCGCUGCCGCGGCCGUCCCGGCCCCGAAACCGGAGAGGAGGCGCAAGGCAAGGGGACCGAAAGUGUACGGCGACGAGGCAAGCGUCGAGGAGGAGGACGGCGACCCAAAGAAGCUAACUAAAGGUACCAAGCCCGACGCCCACCUCUAG